AUGGCAGACGGCAAGUUAGAGACAAAUAAUUCCCUCAAUAAUAAAAAGAUGUCAUCAACUAAACUCGAAGAGGAUUUAACGGUAGAGAAUGAAUGUUUGCGACAAGUAUUUGAACAAAUGGAGGAGAAAUUGCGGACAAUGAUGCAAGAAAAACAGAAUACACAAAAUGCAACAGCAGCCGAAUGGAUCACAACAAAGUUAACUGAACUUAGCAAGAAAUAUAGAGACCAAACCACCGAAAUAGAAACGUCGAAAACAAAAUGCAAAAAUUUAGAAGCCACUCUAAUCAUUAAAGACAACGAGAUGGAGCGCCAAAAAACGGAGCUACAACAGAUUCUCAUAUGUGACGAGGAGCAAAUUAAAUGUUUAAAGAAUAAAUUACAACGGAUUCAAGCAAAGCUUUGUGAAUCCAGAAACACGUGCGCUGUUCUGAAGCAAGAUAUUAAUAAAGCACAAAAGUUAUUGUGCAGGGAAGUGGGUGAAAAUAUUAGCAUUAGUACGCUUUCGAGUAUACCAGGUUGGCGUGGACGAGCCGAGCAAAUUCGGAAUCUACAGCAAAAAUUGGUAGAAUUGCAAACAAAAUUAUCCGAAAACGAAAAAUCCCAAAAAGAAUUAUUCUCUGCUUCUCUAGACCGGCAAAAUUUGACAUGUCUUCGGAAUGCUGAAAAGGAAAGACGGCAACAGAUAGAAAACACUGCGAAGGAACUGAGACAAGCGGAAGUAGCGUUAGAGACUUCGAAGAGGAAACUCGAUGCUUCGAAGGCGAGAAUAAAAGUAUUAGAGCAAGAAUUGAGUAUCGCGAAGGCGAGCAUUACGACGCUAAAUGAAAAAAGGUCUCGUGACGAUCGUUUGAUUGACGCGCUUAAUGGGCGAUUGAAGAUUUCUGAAGUGAGAUAUCAAGAUCGCGAGGUAGAAGUGCGAAAUAAGGAACACAUGAUCGAACGUGAAAGCGCGAAUAUCAAGAAUGAAUUGAGAGCAACGCAGUUACACGUUGAUCGAUUACGCAGGAGAUUAGAGGAACGCGAGAUUGAGAUUGACAAAUUGAGAAAUGGCAUUCUGUCGGAUGAAUCUUUCACGUGUCGGACUUCGAUUCAUCGAAAUUUUCGGCCAAUUGAAGGGCAGCAGAUUAGUCCAGUCGUUAGCCCGCGAAGUUUAGACGAACCAAAUGAAUAUGUGACCUUGGCCCUAGCUGCUGAAGCCGAACGAGUGAGGCUGUUGGAAUUAAUAACAUUACUUAAUCAACGACUGGACAAAGAAAGAAACGAAACUGAUUCACUUGCAAAAUCGCUGCGUAAAGAAAAGAAUAAGUGUGCGAAGUUAGAGUCGAAAUUGCGAGAUUCGGAGAAAGAAAGAGUGGGCCUUACUAAAGUGGAUACGAGAUAUAAAGCAAAAUCUUGCAUAAAAUCGAUGUUGACUUUACGAGCGGAAGAAGGAAUCACCCAUCCUGAAGAAGUUCGUUAUAAAAUCGAAUUACUAGAAGAGGAGUGCCUCACACUGAAGGCCAGAUUAGAUACCGUGCAACAGGAUAAAGCAUCGGAUCUCAUCAUGUACAAGCGAAUGCUCGAUCAAGCUAGAAAGACUUUUAAAGACGCGUGCAGAAACAAACUAGUUACUAAUGGAAGUCGUUCCACAAUAACUAUUUAAAACGAAACCGAGAAGAGGUACUGUAUGAAGAAACGAGGAAGUAUUUCCGAUUCAAUCUGAGGCAACAGGUCUGAGGAAAUUUGACAGUUUGUAAGAGAAAAAACUCUGAUGUGUGUUAAAGAUAAAAUAGAAUAUUCUUAUACGAGGCAAACGAGACAGUCGUUCGCGAUCGGAAUAGAUGUAGCAGCAACAAAGCCACACGGUAUGGUGAUGUAACUGGGACACGAGAUAAGGUGCAACGCCUCCACGUAAACCCGCGUGACAUCGUCAGAGUAAAACUCACAGUUUCGUCUUCACCUCGUUCCUCCACCGUUCCCUUAACGUCGCUCCGGUGUUUGCCUCGACCGACUCGUUUACUUCUACCAUUGAUAUCGCACACGGCGGCACCGCGGCCGUAAAUUCAUUCCGCUUCUCGUUAUCCAAGAGCAGAGCGAGACUCUCAACCUUGUAUUACCGAGUGUAGUCUGAAGUUUGAAAGAUAUACGUUUCAAGGAGCGCCUAACUAAGAUUUAUAA